CUCACACUGCUGGACCAGACUCUUCUGAAGAAAGACACAGCACUCUGAAAUUGGAGGGAAUUGCUCCAGUAGGCAGUUAACACCAUGAAGACUUUCAGGACAGUCGUCCUCUUCUUAGCCUCAAUUCAGCUCCUCACAACAGUUCUCUCAGAUGAUCCAGCUCCAACUACAACUCCACCUCUAGCAACAGCAUCUGUGACUCCUUAUGUCACCACCAUCAGUAAACAAUCACCAGUGACCCCCUCUUCAACUAGUAACCCUGCUGUUGUCAACGAGACACAUCUCACAACAGCCUCCAGGCCUCUGUUUCCAGUAAAGGGGAGUACACCUUCUACAACUGUUAUCACCAAAACAACACGGCUGCCCUCUGCUUCAUCCAUGUCAUCGUCUAGUGGGCUCGACAAUCAAACUGUUGAAACGACAACUAAAACAGAACAGAAAGCCAGCAGCUCAUCUCAGACUCCCACUCCAAUCCCCUUUAAGACUGAUGCAGUGUCAACAAAAAAUGAAGUGCCUGGAACAACCAUCCCAAGUACCAACCUGACAGGAGGGUUACAUAACCUGACUCAUAGCUCAACGGAGGAAGGUCCAGACAAGUUGAAAAAUCCUGAUGAUAAGACACUCCUGUGGGUCCUGCUACCAGUCCUGGGUGUUGUCGUUGUUGCUGUCAUCUUCUUUCUCAAAUUCAAAUGCAUGAAGGUCCACGACCACACAGAGAUGAAUGAUCAGGAACAUGAGAACGCCUCUUACCAAAGUAGGCCUGACAGCAGCAAAGAUGGUGUCAUGCUUCUUGGGGUCAAGUCAUCAGGAGGAGAGGUCAAUGCUGUUGCAAGAUAAUACGGGAGGCUGUCACUGGAAAAAAAAAACUGGAAAUAGUACACCUGGAAAACUACAACAUUAGCGCUCACAUAGAAAUAUGGCAUCAAGCAUGAUUGUGGUUGGUAAAUGUAUAAGAUGACUGCUGAAAUAAUUAAUUUAAGAAAAUCAAUUGGUUAUACAAAAAGGUUGUAGGGCCUGUAUAAUUAAAAUAAAGCUUCAAUAAAUAAUCUUUGCAGU